AUGGCUGUGGAAAAUUCGGGAAUGCUGUUCUACACCGAACAUCGUUACUAUGGACAGAGCUUGCCCCAUGGAAAGGAGAGCUUCCGUGUGGAUAAGCUGCAGCAUUUGAGUAUCUAUCAAUCCCUGGCAGAUUUGGCUCACUUCAUACGCUUUCAAAAGUCGGAGAAUCCUCGAAUGAAACAGUCGGAAGUCAUAUUAGUCGGUGGUUCAUAUUCGGGCAGCAUGGUGGCCUGGAUGACACAAUUGUAUCCCGAUUUGAUAGCCGCCAGUUGGGCCUCAAGUGCCCCACUGCUGGCCAAAGCGGAUUUUCAUGAGUACAUGGAAGUGGCUAGCAAUUCGAUUCGCUUAAGUUAUGGUCAAAAUUGUACUACCAGAAUACAGAAGGGUUUUCAGCACUUGACAAAGUUGUUUGAAGAAAAUCAAAUUCCGGAAUUACUGCAAAAACUCAAUGGCUGUGAGGAUUAUGAACCCAACGAUCCCCUGGAUAGAGCUGCCUUCUUCAAUGGCUUGGGCAACUAUUUUGCUUUGAUUGUGCAGAGUUAUAGUUCAUAUAUUCCACAACUUUGCGACACUUUAAUGUCUUUGAACUCCAACGAUGAAGUGGCAUUUGAGGGUUUCUUAGAACUACUCUUUGCAGAAGGCAGAAGGUCGACAGAUUGCCAGGACUUUGGCUAUGGGGCCAUGCUGCAACUAUUCAGCGAUCCAAUUUCAGGCAGUAAGUACCUUCAAAAGCCCCAAAACAGAAACACUCUCUAAGGUAAUCGUAUGACAGUUCGUGCCUGGUUCUAUCAGACAUGCAAUGAAUUUGGCUGGUACUCGACCACAGCCACAAGCGAUUCAUCAUCCACCUUUGGCAAUCAAGUGCCUUUGUCCUACUACGAGCGUCUCUGUUUGGAUGCAUUCGGUCCAGAACAGACACGGGAGAAGCUAGCCCAGGGCAUUGAGCAGGCCAACAAUCACUUUGGUGGCUACCAUUUCAAUCAGAGUGAGCGCUAUGGAGAGGUAUUCUUUACGCACGGCCAGCUGGAUCCUUGGCGCUCUCUGGGCAAGCAAAAAGGCAAUCAGGCCAUUGUCUUGAGGGGCUACUCGCAUUGCGAGGAUCUUGGCGGCAUUCAAGUAAGGGACAGCGUGCAAAUGAAUCUGGCCAAACUGCGUGUGAUGUCCUUUCUGCGCCGUCACAUAUAA